CCCAUUUUCCCUGGCAUUCUCUGAGAAUAGAAAUGAGAAAUAUCGGCUACAAUGGCGCUAUCGUAGUGGUUAAAAUUGAUGAAGAGGGUAUCUUUCCUUUCAAACCGUUAAUGCUUUGAUCACCCAUUUUCAUAUUCUUGUUUUUCGGGUUCAGUCUUAUUCUUGAACCUAAAAUAUCAACCAUUGACUUGUAUUCACUUGUUCACUUUCUGGGAAAUUUCCCUGCUUGCCAGAAAAGUCGUUCUUUUCUGCUUGUUUUCAUUGCCCUUAGUUUCCCAGUUCGGCGGAUACAAAAGGCAAUAUGAAUUAGCAAUCAUGCCUGUGCUUGGUGAUGGAAUUUUUGUUGCUUUUCUUUCUUAGAAACGCACCAUGGAUAUCCACAAGACCAACGAGCCUCAUGUCUCUCGAUUUCAUUCCAAUCUUGAGAUGGCAUCAUUAGAAAAUAAAUCAAUGCUUGAGUUUGAGAAUGAGAUUCAAGAAGGUAAAGGCUCAAGUGUUAAUAGGAAACAAUGGAUUGCUGAUGAUUUGAUCGAUGGUAUUGAUGUGCCAAGGAAUAGUGUACUUAAUAGCAUAAAGAUUGUGGUAUUCUCUGCCAAAAUCAACAUACUUAUGCCUUUUGGUCCUUUAGCAAUCCUGGUUGAUCAGAUUUCUGGCAAUCAUGGUUGGAUCUUUCUUCUCAGCUUAUUGGGCAUUAUUCCUAUGGCUGAGCGCCUGGGUUUUGCUACAGAGCAGCUAGCUUUCUAUACUGGACCUACAGUUGGAGGUCUUUUAAAUGCCACUUUUGGAAAUGCAACUGAACUGAUAAUAUCAAUUUAUGCAUUGAAAAGUGGGAUGAUCCGUGUUGUUCAACAGUCAUUACUUGGAUCAAUCUUGUCAAACAUGUUGCUGGUGCUUGGAUGUGCAUUCUUCUGUGGUGGACUUGUGGUUGUUGAGAGGGAACAAGUGUUUGAUAAGGGAACUGCUGCAGUGAAUUCUGGUUUGCUGUUGAUGGCAGUCAUGGGCCUUCUAUUCCCUGCUGUUCUCCACUCCACAAGAACAGAAUUGCAUUUUGGGAAGUCUGAGUUAGCUCUUUCAAGGUUUAGUAGUUGCAUCAUGCUGGUUGCAUAUGCUGCAUUUCUCUAUUUUCAGCUGAAGAGCCAGAAAAAUCUUUAUGUUCCAGUGAAUGAGGGAGAGAGUCCAAGUUGGAAGACAGAUGAUGAGGAAGCUCCGGAGAUCUCAAAGUGGGAAGCAAUCAUAUGGCUAUUUCUUUUAACCGGAUGGAUUUCAGUCCUCUCAGAAUAUUUAGUCGAUGCCAUAGAGGGAGCAUCUACUGAAUGGAAAAUACCAGUAGCAUUUAUAAGUGUUAUCCUACUUCCUAUUGUUGGAAAUGCUGCGGAGCAUGCAGGUGCUAUUAUGUUUGCCAUGAAAGACAAGCUUGAUAUCUCUUUGGGAGUGGCAAUAGGCUCAUCAACACAGAUAUCAAUGUUUGGGAUACCUUUCCUUGUCGUUGUUGGCUGGAUCACGGGGCGUCCCAUGGACUUAAAUUUUCAACUUUUUGAGACAGCAACACUUUUUAUAACUGUUCUAGUGGUAGCCUUUAUGUUGAAGGAGGGAACUUCUAAUUACUUUAAAGGAUUAAUGCUCAUCCUCUGCUACCUAAUAGUUGCUGCAAGUUUCUUUGUACAUAUGGACCCUUCUUCGAUAGGGGAUCCGCCAAAACCGAGCGAAUAAAGAAAAUGGAUUAAUCAAGAGAAUACACUUGAGCUUGAGGACUUUGAUUACACAUCUGUUUGAAGAUGAGCAGAUACAGGCUUUAGCUUGCAACUUGAAACUUAGUGUAGGACUAAUAGUGAAAGUGAAGCAAGAAAUACAUGUAAAAAAAAAAUUGCUAACCCUUGUAACUUCCUUUACUCUUUUGCUUAUAUUUUACAUUAUUGAAUCUAUUAUGUUAUAUCAGUGAAAUUUUAGGUUAGCCUAUCUUUUUUGUAAGAGGGAUAGCCUAUCUUUGCUAUUUGGAAUUUUUUAUUUUUUAAUAUUAAUUAUUAAUAAUA